AUGGCCGUCGAAGCCUCCCGUCGCGCGAUAUAUGCUCCCAAGAUAUGCGAGCUAACGCUGCAGGCCGUCUUUAGUCAUCCUAAUCUCGACCUCAAUUUCCAGCUGUUGCGUAUACUUCGGUUUACGGAUUUCCCUGGGCCUCAAGAUACGAACCUCAGUCAAUACCUGCAGCCAGCUCUGGAAGAAGUUCAUCUUAGACACUGGCCACCUGCUGUAUUCUUGCAUGGACUCAAUAAGCACUGUCCACGCCUUCGAGUACUGUCUCAGGUUUCAACAGCAUACAAAGACAAAUCUGACAUCAUUGACUUCUUUGCCUCAAAUCAAUCUUUACGAUGCGUACAGUUUACAAUCCUUCCUCUCAAUGAGGAUGAGGUGCUCGCAGCGAUGCUAGCGCUGAGCAAAAUCCACAGUCUAGAGGAACUCAUAAUCGUUGGUGAAACUUCCACAGACACAUUAACACAGCUACAAGUGUUGCACCCCUCAAGUUCCAAAUAUUCCUUCGGUUCGGUACGCAAAGUCAAGCUCACUGUCAGAAUCCCUUCUUUGCAGUUGUUGCCUACGAUCUUCGGAGCGAUGACCACCCUAUCCCUCGAACUUCCGAUCCAAAGUAAUGACCACGAACUCGACGCGCUCGUUGGUCUGCCUUUAGAGAGUCUCCAGCUUCACAUUGCUGCUGGUGUCACAUUAUCGCCACAACAACUUCUAUUCUUACGCAUCACAGAAACUCUGCGAAGUCUCAUCAUAAAGCCUAGGCCUUUCAACCCAAUGGCGACCAUGGCAACAUUUGGACUGUCGAAUGCAGAUUUCAAGCAUCUUUUCGCAAAAUUCUCGAAUCUGGAGACUCUGUUGAUCUGGUUCGCUCUGGAGAUUCCCGAUCCAGAUGUCGCUUUCCAAGAUCUUGGUCAGUCCUGUCCGAGACUUGAGAAUCUCCGUUUGUACUGUUACAUCGACUUGACAGCAUGGUGUGAUACACCCAAUCCGCUUUUUCCAAAUCUCAAGUUCGCUUGGGUAUCCUCUGUCAGCAGCCAAUCCUUCUUGGGUAAAACCAAUGAAACGACUGCCCAACUUCUGGCGGAAAUCCUCGACCGACACGCACCACAACUAGACAGAUUUGUGGCUUUGAAGCGUUACAAUUUUCGUCCAACAGAUUGCGAUCAAUUGUCGCAGAUGGUGAUGAGGGCACAUGGCAGGAUCAAGGAGAUCGGACAGACACGUCAUGCCAAAGAUGAGAGCCGCGGUAUGGCCAUUCGAUAA